AUGCCGGCUCAUCCUGAGCAAAAUGUUCGUAAAAUACACGUAGGGAAGAUAAUACAAUCGCAGAAGUUCUGCAGUAAUUCUAUAAGUACUUGUAAAUACAAUCCUCUUUCAUUUUUACCUCGGUUUCUGUAUGAACAGUUCCGUCGUUACAACAAUAUAUUUUUCUUAAUUAUCGCAUUACUACAGCAAAUACCCGAUGUAAGUCCAACCGGUCGCUAUACAACUGCUUUUCCUUUUUUAAUAAUUCUUUGUGUAUCAGCACUGAAAGAAAUCUUUGAAGAUAUCAAACGUAGACGAGCAGAUAGUAAGGUUAAUAACUUUUUAACACAAGUUUUGGACAUUGAGACUGGGAAAUGGCAGAAAAAAGAAUGGAAAAAGGUUCGUGUGGGUGACAUUCUCAGGAUAGAAAAUGAUCAACUCUUUCCUGCGGAUAUUAUCCUCAUUUCAUCAAGUGAAGCACAUGGAAUGGCUUACAUAGAAACUUCCAACUUGGAUGGAGAAACUAAUCUGAAAAUUAAACAAGCCUUAGAACUUACUUCUUCUAUCACUUCUAUAGAUUCUAUCAGAAAGUUUCAAUGUGAAAUUGAAUGCGAGCUUCCUAAUCGUCAUGUAAAUGAUUUCAGUGGAAAUAUUACUUUUUCCAAUGAACAAAGACAUAUAGGACUUGAACAAUUGUUAUUACGAGGGGCUCGUCUGAAAAAUACGUCAUGGGUAUUAGGUGCUGUGAUAUACACUGGCCACGAUGCUAAGCUUCUGAUGAACUCAAAAACAGCUCCUCUGAAGAGUGGAACUGUCGAUGUAAAAACAAAUUAUCGCAUCUUGAUUCUUUUCGCCGUCUUAGUAGUUCUUGCAAUAAUUAGUGCACUCGGUUUGGAAUGGUGGAAAUCUAGUCAUCUACCACAAUCAUGGUAUCUAGACUUCUUAGUAAAUGACAAAAGAUCUUCAUUCGGAUGGGGAGUUUUGACAUUCUUCAUUCUCUACAACAAUCUCAUCCCUAUCAGUUUACAAGUGACGUUGGAGUUAGUUAGAUUCUUCCAGGCUAUUUAUAUAAAUAAUGACAUCGAAAUGUAUGAUCCAAAUAGUGACUCUUGUGCUAUUGCUAGGACCUCAAACUUGAAUGAGGAAUUGGGACAAGUCAAAUUUGUGAUGAGUGAUAAAACAGGCACAUUGACUAGGAAUGUUAUGAAGUUUAAACGAAUUUCCGUUAACGGGUUUAACUAUGGAGAUAAUGAAAACGACGAAUUUUCCGAUAUCAGACUGUCUGAAGAUUGUGACAGAAAUGAUAGUAACAGUAAUAGGAUAAGAGAAAUGCUUAGAAUGAUGGCUGUUUGUCAUACGGUUGUACCUGAGAAGAAGGAUAAUGGAGAGUUGAUUUAUCAAGGGUCUUCACCGGAUGAGAGCGCAUUAGUUAAAGGAGCUGCUAAUCUAGGAUUUGUUUUCCAUACCAGGCAGCCACAAAGAGUUGUAAUUGAUGCUAAAGGGAUUGACGAGAAUAUUGAAAUUUUGGAUGUCAUCGACUUUACUAGUGAUCGAAAAAGAAUGAGUGUAAUUGUGCGGGAUGCUGAAGGUGUCAUAAAGUUGUACACCAAAGGAGCCGAUACCAUCAUAUUCGAUCGUCUUAAACCGGGAAGUGGCCAAGCAGUGGAGAUCUGCAAAACUCACCUCGAAGACUAUGCCUCGUAUGGAUAUCGUACUUUAUGCUUUGCUAUGAGAAAAAUUGAAAGAUCUGAGUAUGAACAGUGGGCUCCAAAAUAUAAAGCUGCUGGUUUGAUGAUUGAAGGAAGAGGGAAAGCUCUUGCUGACGCUGCUGAAAGCUUAGAAAGUAAUCUGGAGUUGAUUGGCUCUACUGCUAUAGAGGAUAAGUUACAAGAGUAUGUUCCUGAAACUAUUCAAGCAUUAAUGGCCGCCAAAAUCAAAGUUUGGAUGUUAACAGGCGAUAAAAGGGAAACUGCCAUCAACAUAGCUCACUCUUGUGCUCUUUGCAACCAUAACACUGAGCUUCUGAUUGUCGAUAAGUAUACAUACGAUGAAACAUAUGCUAAGUUAGAACACUUCACUAGCAGAGCGUUUAAUUUGGAAGAAAAUAAUAGCGAGUUUACUCUGGUUAUCGACGGUAAAUCACUUGUUCAUGCAUUAACUGGUGAAGCUCGUGCACAUUUCGGUAAACUAGCUUUGCGUUGUUCUUCCGUUGUAUGUUGUCGAAUGAGUCCUAUGCAAAAAGCUGAGGUAGUAGAGAUGGUUCGAUCUCUUGGCAAACAUGUUGUGAUGUCGGUUGGAGAUGGAGCGAAUGACGUCGCUAUGAUUCAAGCUGCUAAUGUCGGUGUUGGCAUUUCUGGAGAAGAAGGAUUACAAGCAGCUUCUGCUUCUGAUUAUGCUAUACCUCGUUUCCACUUUCUCCGAAGACUGCUCUUGGUUCAUGGUGCUUGGAAUUAUGAUCGCUCCGUGAAAGUGAUCUUAUAUAGUUUUUAUAAAAACAUAUGCCUAUACAUCAUUGAGUUAUGGUUCGCCAUUUUCUCAGCUUGGUCCGGGCAAACUAUAUUCGAGCGAUGGACAAUCGGAAUGUUCAAUGUCAUAUUCACUGCUUGGCCCCCAGUAAUUAUUGGGUUAUUUGAUCGGCCUGUGCCUGCAGAACAAAUGAUGCGAAAGCCUUCACUCUACAGCAGUUUUCAAGAUAAAGCUUUUACUUUACCGCAAUUUGCUUUGUGGAUUGGGAUGGCAAUUCUUCAUUCUCUGAUUCUUUUCUUCUUGUCUUAUGCUUUCCUGGAAAAACAAAUCGUUUGGGAAAACGGAAGAGCAGGUGGAUGGUUGAUGCUUGGAAAUUGCGCGUACACGUUUGUGGUCACCACAGUUUGUCUGAAAGCUCUUCUUGAAACUGAUUCUUGGACCUGGCCGAUUUUAGUCGCCUGUUUCGGCAGCAUCGGUCUUUGGCUAGUUUUCUUGGUGCUGUAUGCAUUGGUGUUCCCCAAUAUAUCAAAGAACAUCGGUGCGGACAUGGCUGGUAUGGCAUCAGUUAUGAUGUCUUCUCCUAGCUUUUGGUUGGCAUUCAUAUUUGUUCCAUUAUCAACACUUCUGAUUGAUCUGGUUAUUAAGAGUACUUUCACUAUCACAGCUCCCACUGAGAGAGAAACUGUCGUAAUGCAUCUGAAACGUCUUCCUUCUGCAACAGGAUUUGAACGGUUAGCGAGUUAUUCUUCGUCUAUCCUGGAAGAAGGAAUACGCUUAUUACGAGGUUCUGCGCCAAUGGAGCGACGAAGUUCUUCUUCAUUUGCCUUAGCUGAGCAAGCUCGAUAUGGUUAUUCAUUCUCACAAGAAGAGCAUGGAGCUAUUGCUCAAACAGAGCUUAUCCGUAAUGUCGAUUCAACGCAGCCUAAACCUACUGGCCGCUGA